AUGAUAGAGAAUAAUAGAAUUAAAAUGGAUCCUACAACUACGACGACAGCAACAACAACAACUACUACACAAACCAUCUCACCUCCUCUAUCACCUUCACCUUGUUUCUUGUUGGGAUCACCUGCACCUCCAUUUGCGCCAAUGAUACCUUCGCCACCAACUUUGUACUUGUCUUCACCAAAUAAUAGUCACCAUCAUCAUCACCAUCACCAUCAUCAUAAUAACAAUCAUAAUAAUAUCGAUAAUGACAAUAGUAGCAGUAGUAGUGGUAAUAGUUUGUCGUCAUCGCCCACCUCUUUGGGUGCGGCAGGCAAUGACCAUCAUCACAUGUUGACGAGUAGCACUUCGUUGCAUCCACCUCCGUCACUAUCCUCUUCACUACACCAACAAGAGUUACCCACCAACCAACUCUUACACAUUCCACUCACCUCUUCACUUUCAUCUGUGCCCUUGCCACCCUCGACCCCCGUUUCAUUAUCCUCCUCGAGUACUAUCAAUAUCAACCAUUUAUCACUAUCAAAACAAAAUGAAAAUGAAGAAACAUCUCCUCAAGAUUCUUCACCUCAACAACAACCAGAGGACCAAGACAACCAAGAGGAUGAUGAACAAGAAAAAAUCCAACAAGAUGUAGUAGAAGAACAAAGAUCUAGAUUAUUACAACAACAACAACAACAACAACAACACCAACAACAAACAAGAUUCCUUCAACCACCUGCAGUAGCAAUAAGAAAUAAUAAUAAUAUUAUUAAUAAUAUUAAUAAUAAUAAUAAUAAUAAUAAUACAAUUGUAAAAAAAGAUAAAUUAAUUUUCAAGGUUUAUAAAAAGAAAGAACAACAAGAAAAACAACAACAACAACAACAACAAGAACAAGAAAAACAAAAACAACAACAACAACAACAAAAUAAUCAACAAAAAACUAUUACUUCUUCUUCUUCUUCUACAACUUCUACUACAACAACUUUUAAAAGAACACAAAGUGAUGCAGAAUUGGAUCAAGAAUAUAAUAAUUUAAAGAGAAAACAAAAAACACAACAAACCAAAGAUUCAUUACUUAAUCAAUUAAGAAAUAGAGAGGUACAAGGAGCCAAGCCUGGUACAACUGCUCUUGCGACUAGAAAGUUUUAUCUCAAUGUUGUUCCCGACAAGACUGUCUACAAUAUUGAAAUACCUCUUUGUAUCAUUAAAAAGUUUACUAGCGAUGGAGAAAAGUUACUUUGUUUCUCCAAGGAUCUCAAAGAGAUUCAAUUGUAUCGAUUUUUAGGCUACUCUCCUUCCUAUCCAGUCAAUGCCAAUGCCGAACAAAAAAAGCAUGUCGAUAGGAACUUUUCUACCUAUUUUAAAUUAAUUUAUUCAAGUGUCAUACCUCCUUUUAAUGAAUAUCUUUGUAAAGAUUUUUCUCUUACUACUACUUGUGGAAAAUAUUUUAUAUUAUCAUCAUAUGGACAAUCAAUUAAUAAUUCAAUUAUAACAGAACCAGAUAAAUUAAUUUAUCAAUCUGCAAGUGAUUCAAUUGGACUACCAAAUCCAGAGGAUAUUUCUUUUUAUUUGGUUAGAAUUUCAGAUGGUGUUGUUUGUGAUCGUAGAACAUUUAAAAAGGAUGUUAUACAUUUGGCACACCACAGUGGCGUCUAUUUAUACCAAGACUACUUUAUCGUUUUAUCACUUCAGUACCAAACCGUUCACAUGUUUCAAAUCAACGGUUCAAAAUUUGUAAAUAUUCAUUCCAUCGGUCCUCAUUGUAAUCAAGAUGAUAAAUUGGCAAUGCAACUUCAAGAGGAACUUGAAAAACCAUAUGAAAUAUUAAAAGAAAAAGAAAAAUUAAAUUCAAUCAACAGUACUAUUUCACCAAUGUUAUUUAAUCCAAAAGAAUUUCAAGAAAAAGAAAAAUCAUCUACUAGUAUAUCAACAACCACCAUACCAACAACCACAACUAAUACUACAACUACCAAUACCACUACAACUACCAAUACUACCAAUACCAAUACUACUACCAAUACCACUACCGCUUCUUCUACAACUACAUCUAUACCAAAUGGAUUUAUAAUUGGUAUAAAACAAAGAUUUUUAUCAUAUUUAUACAAGAGAUCAUUAUUAUCUGAUGAUCCAAAAAGAUCAUUAUCAAUGUAUUAUUCUCUUUUCCCACAAUAUAGUAGUUUGGUCAUGUGGAAGAUGCAAUCAUUGGAUGCAUCACAUCUUUUAAUCAAAUUUGGACCAAUCGAUGGAUUGUUGGGUCGAAUCACCGACUAUUGCAAUCAAAUAUGCUUUUUUGUAGUCUACAAUGUUCACACUACCGAAGUGAUUGGCGUCUAUGAAAAUAGCAACAAAGAGUUUGCCCGUACCUUUGAACAGUUUUGCGAACAUUUCCGUGCCUGUUCUUGUCCCAGUGGCCUCAUCAAGUUUAGAUCCACCUGUUCCAACAAUAUCUUUGUCCGUGAACACUUGAUGAAGCAAAAGUUGGCCGUGGUCAAUGCACGCUAUGGAGGCGAGACACAGGCCGUCAAGCGUAUCCUAUCGGCUUUGCCAUUUUCACCACAAUCUUGGAACGAAUCACCCUAUUUUGAUAAAUACCUAUUUAGCUAUGACGAAAAGAUCAUCUCGUCGACUGAACGUCCCAAACCACUCGUCGAAUGCCCCAUCAAGUUUUAUUCACGUCUCUCGGGUGAAGUCAAGUUUAAACUAAACACUGGCUCGCAAGACAAGACUGAUCGUUCAAAGAAAUACGCUACCUAUAUAUUCCAUCCCUACUGUCCAUUUAUCAUAUCUCUUCAACAUUCAAACUCGAACUUUUCAAGUCAAAUUGUUGCCAAUUUUCAUUUUAAAUCGGAUCAAAUCAUUGAUGAAUCAAAUAAUAAUAAUAAUAAUAAUAAUAUUAAUAUUUCACAACAACAACAACAACAACAACAACAACAACAAUAA